CUCAGACCAAAAUAGCAAUGGCGAAGAGGAAGCAACGGACGGAGGACGCGACCGAUGCCGUGGCCAAGGCCAGACCACCGAGGAAGUCGGUGGAGCGGUUCAGGGCGACCAGCGCGGAUGAUAAGGCUGCGCCGGGCGAGACGUCGACAAGCAAGGCGCCUCAACGAGAGCCAAACCAGGCGCCAGACGUCGAGUCUUCUGUCUCGCUCCCGCCCACGGAAGUCUCCUUGUCCCUUGAUCCCGACGAUGAACUCGAAGACAAGGUCGAUGACAGAGACGUCGACCAUGGCACACGCAAGGAUUACGACGACGAGUUCGAGGAAGCUGGUGCGAGUUAUGUAGCGGCAAAAGCGGUCAUGGCCAAGAUCGAGGCCGAGCGAAAGUGGCCAUCGAUGGUCCAUCUACUCGACGUCGAACUCAAGGAGCUGAAGGCUCAGUUCAAGGGGAGCGUAGGUGUCGUUGAGGAGCUCGGGCUCACACCUGGACUACAAUCGCACUCGGUGCGUCGAGGUUCUGCGGGUCUGCGGCGUUUGCUAUUUCCUCCGACAAUAUCAACAUACAAAGGAUUUGCAAGCGUGGGCAUUGGUCAAGGGACUCUCUAAGCGAAGUAUUGGAACCACGCUACGCAGGAAGCGGUCUUCUACGCCAACUUCAAGCUGAUCGACUGCCUCGGCUAUGCUGCGUGGUCACUCCUGAUCGCUACGAUGGCCUCGGCAAGCUUAUGCAUGAGGCCUUCAUGGUCUAGGAUUCAAAGAAUGCUUUCAAUUUACAUUUCUUCACCAAGGUGACGUAGGCGCGGAUUCGCACGGCGGGACUCCAUGAGCGCGGGUUUGAAGCUCGGCGGUGCGAAGCGCGAUCGGUGCAUGUAGGCGCGCGGGUACUCGUGCGCUUGGCUUGUGGGCGCGCAGGUGCUCGUGUACUCGUGGGCGCGUGGGUGGGAGUGAGCACGCGAGAGUAGGCGCUCUCGAGCGCCAGAGGGCGCGCGAGCGCUAGUGGGUACGCGGGCGCUAGUGGGCACGCGGGAGUAGGCGUGCGGUGGGCACGCGGUGGGUGCUCGUGGGCGCUCGUGGGUGCUCGUGGGCGCUCGUGGGCACUCGUGGGAGCGUCAUGGUCGCUGACAUUCAUUGGGGUCGGUGCCCGAGAGUCGCGGCGGCGCUGUGGCCACGGCCGGCAUGUACCUGUCGUCAAUUGCGUGUUCGCGAAUGCUUGACUGGCAGGCCAUUCACUCAGGUACGAUUAGCUUGGCCAAUGGCAUGCUCUUGUCAUUUUGUCACGGCUUCUGAUUGGUCUCUCUCUCCUAUACUUGUUGUUUGUAUGCUGGUGUAAUUAUUUUUUGUCAUGGCGGAGGCCAAUACAAUUUUCAAAUGUGUU